AUGUCCAUGAGCUUAACAAGUUAUUUUGGUGUCCGACGUGACACUAUUGCAAACCCUGUUAAAAAGGCACAAAUAACCGAUGAAAUUGUUGAAGCAAAGCCGUACCGAAAAGAACCGGAUUUGCAAUCAGCACUUCGCAGCAAAAAGACUACUAGAUCUCGAAAUAAAACAAAUCCGGAUGCAGUUCUUCAUAACACUAGGGGAAAAUCAGCGACCAAGUCUCUCAAAUCUUCUGGUCCGUCGAAAAUGGUUCAAAGUAAACUUUCCGCACACGUAAAAUUUGCCCAUCUUACUCGCAAAGAUGUUCACGAACAAAUAAGAGAGGUUCUUGAAGCUCGCUCCACUGUUAUCGAAUCUCUUAGUUCUUCGUCUACGGAAGAACUCGAUGCGAAAGCGGAAAUUUUUGAAGAUGACAAGCGAACGGAAGUCCUGUCAGAGACUAUUUCUGCCGUUGCUUUGAAGCAAGUGGAGAAAGAUGAUGCUAAAAGCCGUGCUAAUCUUGAGUUUCACUUGUUGACAAAGUCGGAGAGUUGUCCAAAUACUCCUCUCAAAAUGCCUCCUGGCUCAGAUAAAUCGCCAAAGACAAAGGAAUCCGUUAAAUUAGAUGCAUCGGAUGAAACUCGCAAGCAUCCUGAGCUUCGCCUUCCUUAUCAUAUGGAAAGACUUUUCGAGUUAUUCAGAACUUGCGAAACUAUUGUGAGCACCCUUCACAACAGAUCGGAAAUUUGUAGCUUCGAUAAAAUCAAACCAGCUGUUCAAGAAGUUGCAAGAUGUGAUUUUACAGAUAAGACUGUUGCUCAGUUCAUUACGCUCUAUCCGUCGGCAUACAGUUUUCGUUAUGACAAACAAAUCGACAGAAUAACUAAAUUGCAAUUGAGCUCGUAUACCCUUGUGUUUAUUCCAAAUUUGCGUACAGAUGGCACUCAAAUGGGUACUGACUCACCAAUGAAGGGACACUUGACUUUUACCGGAACUCGGCUUAUUCAACGUCGACAAAUCUUCUAUAAUGCUCUCUUAAGUCGGGUGAAGGAUGCACAUAAAAAAUUUCUCAUCUCUCGGUUCAAUCUCUCAGAAGCGGACCUACCAGAUGAUUCAAGCCUUCGUCGCUGGCAUCCAGCGUUUUCCCUUGAUACUGCAGUACCCAAGGUCGAACUCGGAGUUCUUCCCCCGCACCCCUCCGAUGGGUCAGAUGCGAAAAUCACUUCGGCUCGGGACGCUGUGGUUGCGUUCCGUGCUCGUGCUCUCUUCCGGGAGGCCAAGGUUUGUGAAAAGAUUGCAGCCGCCAAGGGAGAGACGCCUGGUACUACUACUAGCCGAAAUAUACCCAGUUUUGGAGACAACCCGGAUUCGGGUGUUAGUUCUCCGGGUAAAAAACCGUCUGGUAGUGCAGAGUUAAAAGGAAUUUCUGCGUCGCUACUAGCCAAGAUUCGUGAGCGCGAAAAGCAAAUGAGCCUUACCCUCCUCCAACAACCAGCUGUCACGCCCUCGGAAAAAGCUGCAUUUGCUGCUCUUCCUGCAACCAUCACACAGAUUUGGAGUGCUCUGCGUGGAGGCAAUGGGCGUCCAGUACCUAUUACUCAGGUCACUUCUCGACUUGUGCAGUCUAGUGGCUCAGGUCUCUCCCCUGAGGAAGCUAAUUCUCGUCUGGAAAGUCUCCUAACUCUUCUUCCUGAUUGGGUUGAAAAAGUGGAGUGGGCAAGGCCACAUCUUCAAUUCAAGGGGAGCAGCAGAAACCGUCCCUUGAAGGAGGUGAUCGAUGAAGCAAAAGCCAAGGCUGCCGCGAAGGGCAUUCAUUAA